AAUUCCAACUGACGCUGAGGGUUACUCCACAAGGCUUCUUAAAUCAGCAUCUAACAAUGGGAAAAACAUAGUAUUUGUAGUUCCACUACAGGAGAAGCUUUCUACUGAACCACUUUCCUAUGAUUCAGUAGAGUUCGCCAAGAUGCCACAGUCAAAAUGCAUUACAUGUGGCAGUCAAAUGCCUUUGCAGCUGUUGCCGUUGCAUGUGGAGGAAUGCAAUGGCACAUUGACUGAGAGUGAAUCUGGGACAUGUCUUGAUGAAGAUUGUUCAGUUCUUGAGCAGCCAGUCCCAUCUACAAUAGGCAUGGAUGAAUCCUUGGCGGUCUGCCCAAUCUGUCUUGCAUCAUACCCAGCUGAUUUUCUCCCAUCUCAUGCAAGCCCAUGUGGUGACAGAAUGAACUGUGCUCAACCCAGCGUAGCAGCCAGUCCCCCAAUGGGAGAAGAAUUGCCAGGACCCUCAGUUCCACAAACGUCAGUUCAACAAUCGUCAGCAGCUUCAACCUGGGCCACUGAAGUCAACCCCCAAAAAGCAUGCCAGUUGUUCAGAGAAGAUUUACUGAACUGUUACUCUGAAAGUCCACGCCUCUCUCUAUCACUCGACAUGUUUGACGCAGAAGAAGAACAGGACAGUGCAUUCAUUUCAUUCUAUAAGCAGAAUAAUGUGAACUGGGCAGCUCCAUUCAAGUGCAGGCUGAGAGGAGAUGCAGCAGUGGGUGAUGGUGUCAACAGACAUGUUUUGUCAAUGGCCAUGCAGAAAUUGAAAACUGGCUUCAGAAUAAAUUUAGGCUCUGCUGCUUCUACAACCCUUUUGAGGGGGGAAAAAGAACAUCGGCAACCUAUUUGA